AUGGCUGCGAAGGUCUACAACGUUGGCGUUGUCGGCUACGGCUUCAGCGCGAAGAUCUUCCACAUCCCCUUCGUUGAGGAGGUUCCCGAGCUUAAGCUGCAUGCCGUGGUGCAGCGCACUCCCAAGCCUGACGAUGAUGCCGAAAAGGACCACCCCGGUAUCAAGUCUUACCGUACCGCCCAGGAGCUUGUCCAGGACACAGCCGUUGACAUUGUCAUCAUCACCACUGCUCCGGACUCUCACUUCGAGCUCAGCAAGCUAGCGUUGGAAGCUGGCAAGCAUGUUGUCUGUGAGAAACCCUUUACUCCCACCUCGAAAGAGGCAAAUGACCUCGUUGCCAUUGCCGAAAAGAAUAAGAAGAUCCUUGCCGUCUACCAGAACCGUCGCUGGGACGCCGACUUCGUUACCCUGUCCAAACUAGUCAAGAACGGCUCCCUCGGCCGCAUCUCGGAAUUCGAAUCACACUUCGACCGUCACCGUCCCGAAGAGCCCUCAGCCGAUGCCCACAAAUGGAAGAACAAGCCCAUUCCCGGUGGGGCUGCCAUCUUCGAUCUCGGCAGUCACCUAUUAGACCAGGCUGUGCAGUUGCUCGGAGUUCCUCAGCGCGUGACUGGUUUCACUGGGUCUGCCCGCGGCGGCAACAGCUCCGGAUAUGAGGACUCGUUCACUGUUCUUUUCCACUAUGCCAACGGCGUUCUGGCUACUGCCAAGGCCACCGUCGUUAGCCCCGAAGAGGAGCAGCUUCGCUUCUGGGUUCGUGGUGACAAGGGUAGCUUCAAGAAGUACCACCUUGAUAUCCAAGAAGACCAGCUUAAGGGUGGGAUCCGUCCUGGAGACAGUGCAUAUGGCCGUGAGCCCAAGGAGCGUUAUGGUACCUUGACCACCUUCAAGGAUGGCAAGCCUGUCAAGGAAAUCGUUCCUACCGUGGAACCCCCAACCUACACCGAGUACUACCGCAAGCUUGUGCGAGCUCUCAGCGGUGAGGGCGAGGUACCCGCUAGCGGCGCAGAGGCUGCCAAGGUCAUCCGCAUCAUCGAGUUGGCCAUUGAGAGCUCCAAAACCGGCCGCACCUUGGACGUCCAACUCUAA